UUUCACGAGUCUUCAUCAAAAGUGAGAUCAUCGAUGACAAUUGCUGCUCGCCAAUUCAUCUUUGUACAACCAGAAGAGCUCAAAUUUCAAAUUGAACUAGAGAAACAUAGUUAUUGUGACCUUAAAGUGAUAAACAACACGGAGCAUGAUAUUGCAUUUAAGGUAAAAACUACGUCUCCAAAGAAGUAUUUUGUGCGACCAAACACUGGUGUGAUGCAACCAUGGGACUCUUGUCUUGUAAGAGUGACCCUUCAAACAGUACGGGAAUAUCCUCGUAGUAUGCAAUGCAGAGAUAAAUUUCUGGUGCAAAGCACAAUUGUACCUCCAAAUACACACGUGGAUGAGCUUUCUCAAGAUACAUUCAACAAGGAAGUUGGAGACACAUUACAAGAGUGCAAGCUUAGAGUCAUCUACGCCACAAAUGGGGAUGCUAAUCAUCUGAAUUUCGAUUCCAAUGUGGUAUAUCAGCGUCUUAAGAGUGAAAGAGAUGCCGCCAUGAAACAAUUGCAAGAACUACAAAAAGAAGUGGAAAUACAUAAAAGGAGAAGGAAUCGUAAAAACAGUUAUGGGCUCUCCGUCAAAUUUACACUUCUUGUUGGGCUCAUCGGGAUGGCAAUGGGCUUCAUUCUCAACUUCUUGUUAUCCGAUGAUAUUUACCAUAAUUAGUUGUACUUUCAUAAUCACCAUUUUAACAAUUUUUUAUUUUCUUCUACAAAUGUACUACUUUGUUUAUGAUGAAAUUGUUGAAUACAGAG